GUUUGGGUGCGGCUGCAUCAGUGAUUCACACGCAUGGAGCGCAUUCACUGAGAGUGAUGAGGACGUGUGUUCAUCUGAUCACACACACUUCACACUGACCUGAAGACACACACACACAUGGAUCCCUCUCGUCAAGGACGCAGCUCUCAGUCUGAGUUGUGUUUGGUUCUGGUGGGCAGCAUCAGCUGUGGAAAGAGUCUGACAGCGGACACUCUGUUGGGUCAGAGUCCAUCUGUCAGACCCUCCUCUCACGAGUGCCAUGUGCGGCGCGGGCUGUCCGCAGGCCGGAUGCUGAGUGUGGUGGAGACCCCACGCUGGUACUGGCGUGGCAGGCAGCUGGAGGCGGACGUGCAGGUGGAGACACAGCGGGCACCCAGCUUCUGCGUGCCCGAACCGCCUGUCUUCCUCAUCCUCAUUCCCGUCGGGGAGUUCACGGAGAUGGAGCAGCGCAUCCCAGAUGAGCUCGAGCGGAUGUUCGGCCCGUCAGUGCUGGAUCGCACUCUGGUGCUGCUCACCUGCGGAGAUUACCUGAUGGGCCGGACUAUACAGGAGUGCCUGAGGAAAGAGGCAGGGCUUCAGGAGGUGGUGCGCAGGUGCCACGGCCACUGUCAUGUGAUCAAUAACCGCAAACCUGACGACAGACAGCAGGUGGACACGCUACUGGAGAAGGUGGAGCAGAUGAUGCACGGAGGCGAGGAGACUUCAGUGGUGCCGGAGAGAUCACAGAUGAAGCUCCAAACAGCAGGAAACAUGAUGUGGAAUGGAGGAAAACAAACACACAGCACAAACACAUCUGACAGACACACAGAGGAGACAGGAAGUGAUGUCAUGAUUGACAAACGAUUGAUCAAUGGGCUUCACUCCCAACGGCACGAGUGUGUAGAGACAUACAGCACAAACACACACACGCCGCUCGAGAGAAUCCCGAGUUUCAAACUUAAUAAAGAGGGCGCCAUUCUCAGUCAGCUGUUGGAGGGGUCAGAGGUUAAGUCCCAGAGCUUCACCAACACCAUUCAUCACAGUAUUAAGAAGGAUUUGGACGCCAGUGAAACUGCUGUGUGUUCCUCCUCUGAUGUUCAGAAUGAUUGUCAUCUGCCGGAACUCAGGAUAGUUCUGUUGGGUCGUCGAGGUUCAGGGAAGAGUUCGACAGGGAACGUCAUUCUAGGCAACAAGUUGUUUGGCCAGCCCAGUGAUGUCACAGCCGACUGUGUGAAGGGUCAAGCGGUCGUACAUGACAGACAGGUGUCUCUGAUUGACACUCCAGACUGGUUUGAGUCCGAGAGAUCUCCUGAGGAGGUGAAAGGUCAGAUCUCGUCAUGUGUGGCUCUGUCGGCCCCGGGGCCUCAUGCGUUCCUGCUCUGUGUCCCUGUCAACCGUCCUGCACACCCUGAGCUGGAGGCCCUGCGAGCGCUGGAGGCCGUGUUUGGAUUUGACGCCGUCAGACGCCACACGCUCAUCCUCUUCACACACUGUGAUCUGCUGCCGGAGGGUGGCACGGACAUGGAGCGGGUGGAGGAGUACAUCACCACACAACGCCCAGAAAUGCUGCAGCUGGUGGAACGAUGCGCCGACCGAUAUCAUGUUCUGCAACAUGACGAGCAAAGGAGCGGCGUGAAGGCGCUGCUAGAGAAGGUGGAGCAGACCGUGAAGGAGAGCGGAGGAACUUUCUACAACAGUGAGAGUCAAGACCACAGGAGACCAGAGCAGAACUCCUCCACCGUCUGGAAAGAAAGACAGAGAGACAAACUGAACACGUCUCACGCUUUGGACGCAGCUCAGAGAGACGGAGGAAGACGAGGAGGUGAUGGACGGUGUCGUGAGCAUGGCGUCAGGGCAGAAUGUUCAUCUCGCAUCUCCAACGCCUCCAUCACUGCUGCGCUCCAUCUGGGACGGUGUGGGGUCGGGCGCCAGGCGGGUGCCAAAACUCAUUGCAGUGGGCGCUCUGGUAGGUGCGGCGCUGGGCGUGUUUCUCGCAGGAGCUGUAGGUGGAGCUGUAGGAGCGGCUGUGGGCUCUGUAGCCAGUGAGGUGGGCAGAAGGAGGUACACUAAACACAAAAUUCAGUGAUUCAUGGAUGAUGGAUGAAACGUUCAUAUAUCUGUGGAGGUGCAUUACUGGACUUUCUGCUCUUCACUGUGAACUAUAAAAUUAUUUGUGGGUUUGUAGGUUAUCUUGUGCAUCAUGUAAAUACAAUGUAACAAUGUCAAUGUACAAACUCAUUAUUUGAAAUCAAUAAAUAGGGUGAAUACAGGUAAAGUGGGACACUUAUUAGUCUUGAGACACUACUGUUCAACAGAUUCAUUCAUUUAUAUCUGUAACAAACACAUACAAAUGUUCUGUGUUAAUUAGCAAAUGUGCUCUGUUCCAAAAUCUAGUGAGCUGCCUACACCGGGUUUAGGAUGUGACGACAUCAUUUGUUAAUUAUCGACCUUUCACUUUUCUCCGCAGCCGCCAUAUUUGUGCCCAUCAGCGGAAGGAAACAAUGGCGGUGAAUGGAAAAAUACCCAUCAAACGAUAUCAAGAAAAACAUUAAAGAAGGCUUUUGAUCCACGCCAAUUCCCAGGAUAGGUGUAUACAGAGUUAAGCACAAAUAUUGCCAAAUGUGACUUUCGCAGAACAUAUAGCAUUAAAAUAUAUUUUAUCCACGAUUCAUCUCCAGACGGCGACGAGUCUGAUGUGUGACCGGCGAGUGCAUCACCAUAAACAUCUCUCGUUCAGAAGUUACACGUGUUUGUGUUGUCUUCUGAUUGGUUAUAAACGUCUGUAUGAACGUAAGAGCUGCUUUAACUCGUGAAGUUUCAGUAUAAUAGUAUGUAAAGCAGGGGUGUCCACACUUUUGUGUGUGAUGAUGUACUUUUAAAUGAGCAACUCAAUAAGAUCUACCAAGUAAAAAAAACAGUUUCAUUUAAAAUAAGAAAAUGCUUGUUGGGACUACUGCAUGUAUCCCUACAUGGAAUUCAUCUUGUAAUUAAUAAACAAAUAUAUAAUAAUGUUCAAUGUUGAUAUCAUUCAGUUUUAACACUAAACCCAAAACACCUACAGCACAAUAGAUUACAAUAGUCAGGGCAUUUACCAGUAAAUAUUGACCAGGCCAUGUUUUGUUUAUUCAGUUGCCAUGAUAACUAGGUUUGCGCAUGCGCGCCUAAAUAUUGACCAGGCGAUGUUUUGUUUAUUCAGUUGCCAUGACAACUAGGUUUGCGCAUACGCGCCGUCUAUUCAGUUGCCAUGACAACUAGGUUUGUGCAUACGCGCCUUAGACAACCUAGUUGUCAUGGCAACUGAAUAAACAAAACAUCGCCUGGUCAAUAUUUACUGGUCAAGUGCAAGUCAGACAGAAACUAAAAGAAGGAAAGACAUUAUAUUUAUUUGUAUUAAAAUUUAACGAAAGUACAUUUACAUUUUGUGCGAUCUACCAGCAUUGCCAGUAGAUCACGAUCGAGGUAUUGGGCACCCCUGCUGUAAAGGGUUUCAGUCACUUGUUAGGAUGCUGCCUAUGGAGACAGUAGACAGCAGCUCACUGUGUUUUGAACAGAGCUUGUGUGUCUCCUCAUUAUAUCAAAUGUGAUUUUAGAAAUGUGAAUCUACAUUUUGUUUCCUGCCAGAUUUAUUGGCGAAAGUCAAACGCUGUGGAACAAAAUGGAUGAAAUGUCAAAUAAAGGAGAGGGGACAGACAGGGUUUGGGUUCCAGAUUAUUCUUAUUUCUUUCAGAUAUCAUACAUUUACAUUUAAUCAUUUAUCCAAAGCGACUUGUGACAAACGAGGAACAAAAGACGACAGAUUUGUUUUGCAGAAAUGUAAUUAUAUCAUAAUGCUGUGAAGGAUUAUUUUAGAUAUGCCGCCUUAAUACUACAAAUUUCUAAAUAUUUUUUUCAGGCACUUAUUUCAAAGUUUACAAAACAAUUUUAGUUUUCAUUGAAACUCUCUGAUGUCACAUGUAUGUUAUAUUUGAUGUGUCUCCCAUGAGUUCAUGUCCAUAAUAUGCAUCUUAAUAAAUA